AUGAAGAACAUAUACAGAUCAUUGAUCGUGAUUAGCCUCACGGUGGUUUUUGGCUGGUUCAGUACCACGCUCAUUGGUACUAUCGCUCAAAUUCUCAAGCUCGAUAUUGCUAGAGUGGACGUGGAUAUGCUAGCGGGAAUAUUUGUCAACACGGCUUGCGCUACCAACUUUUUCAUCUACUACGGUGUCAGGUCAGAAUACCACAAAUACAUUAUGUAA